AUGAAACCCGUCUUUAUGUGCAUUGUCUUGGCCCGCUUUGGCCUGGCGCUACCCACUGGUCUCUUGGAAAUCACUACCCAGGGAGAGACAGUAACGCGAGGUUUUGGAUCCAAUACAAACCAACGAUCCCAACAGUUUCGGGGGCGCGAGGAUACGGACAGACGCUCUGGCUAUGUCACUAUGGAGUCAAGGGCGGACACUGACGGCCGUUCGGGGUACAACUCUGUCGACUCAAGGGAAGAUACCGACGGCCGUUCAGGAUACAACAAUGUGGACUCCAGGGCGGACACUGACGGCCGUUCGGGGUACAGCUCUGUCAACCCAAGGGCAGAUACCGACGGCCACUCAGGAUACAACAAUGUGGACUCCAGGGCGGACACUGACGGCCGUUCUGGGUACAACUCUGUCGACUCAAGGGCAGAUACCGACGGCCGUUCAGGAUACAACAAUGUGGACUCCAGGGCGGACACUGACGGCCGUUCGGGGUACAACUCUGUCAACCCAAGGGCAGAUACCGACGGCCGCUCAGGAUACAACAAUGUAGACUCCAGGGUGGACACUGACGGCCGUUCUGGGUACAACUCUGUCGACUCAAGGGAGGAUACCGACGGCCGCUCAGGAUACAACAAUGUGGACACCAGGGCGGACACUGACGGCCGUUCUGGGUACAAUUCUGUCAACUCAAGGGAAAAUACCGACGGCCGCUCAGGAUACAAUAAUGUGGAAUCCAGGGCGGACACGGAUGGACGUAGAGGAUACAACGACUAUUAUCCGUAG